CAGGACUGUCUCUGAAUCGCAAUCCGGAAAGAAUAAAUAAUCAUUUUGAUUUAAGUUGAACGUUUGUCUCUAAGAUUAAGAAAACAGCCAUGCCAGUGCUUUCAGAAGAUUCAGGAUUACAUGAAACUUUGGCUCUGUUGACCUCUCAGCUAAGACCUGACUCAAAUCAUCAAGAGGAAAUGGGAUUCCUUAGGGAUGUCUUCAGUGAAAAGAGUCUCAGUUACCUAAUGAAGAUUCAUGAAAAGCUCCGUCAUUAUGAAAGACAGAGUCCAACUCCUGUUUUACACAGUGCAGCAGGAUUAGUUGAAGAUGUAAUAGAAGAAUUGCAGACUGCACCAGUGAAUAAUGAAGAAAAAGAGCUACUUCAGCUGUUGUCAACACCACAUCUCAGGGCAAUGCUUGUCGUACACGACACUGUAGCACAGAAGAACUUUGAUCCAGUCCUUCCACCUCUGCCUGAUAAUUUUGAUGAUGAUUUUGAUGAAGAAUCAGUGAAAAUUGUUCGGCUAGUGAAAAAUAAAGAACCUUUGGGAGCUACCAUCAGAAGAGAUGAGCAUACAGGGGCUGUGAUUGUAGCAAGGAUCAUGAGAGGUGGUGCAGCUGAUCGCAGUGGUCUUGUUCAUGUUGGAGAUGAACUAAGAGAAGUCAAUGGUAUUGCUGUGCUUCACAAACGACCCGAAGAAAUUAGUCAGAUUUUGGCUCAGUCUCAGGGGUCAAUAAUAUUAAAAAUAAUUCCAGCCGUCAAAGAAGAAGAUCGUCUAAAGGACAGCAAGGUGUUUAUGAGGGCGCUUUUCUGCUAUAAUCCCAAAGAAGACAGAGCCAUUCCCUGCCAAGAGGCUGGGCUGCCGUUUAAGAGACGACACAUCCUGGAAGUCGUAAGCCAAGAUGAUCCCACAUGGUGGCAAGCAAAGCGUGUUGGAGAUACCAACCUCAGGGCAGGCUUGAUCCCCUCAAAGCAGUUCCAAGAAAGACGAUUGAGUUACAGAAGAGCUGUAGGCACUCUGCAGAAACCCAAAACUGUGAAGAAGCCACUCUAUGAUCAGUCUUCUGAUAAAGAGGACUGUGACUGUGAAGGAUAUUUCAAUGGACAGUAUAUAGCUGGCUUACGCAGGAGCUUUAGAUUAAGUCGUAAAGAGAAGGAGAACAAUCAAAAUGAGGCAAAGCAAGCAGAGCAGGCAGACACAGCAGAGUUUCUAACGUAUGAAGAAGUCACCAAAUAUCAACAGCAGCCUGGUGAACAGCAGAGACUGGUUGUUUUGAUUGGUUGUUUGGGGGCCAAAUUAAAUGAGCUCAAGCAGAAGGUUGUGUCAGAGAACCCACAGGAGUAUGGCGUUGCAGUUCCACAUACAACCAGGUCAAAGAAAAGUCAUGAGAAAGAGGGAGUAGAAUACAAUUUUGUGUCUAAGCAAUCAUUUGAGACAGACGUGCAGCAAAACAAAUUUGUGGAACACGGAGAAUACAAAGAAAAUCUGUAUGGCACAAGUCUUGAGGCAAUCCGGUCUGUGAUGGCCAAAAAGAAGGUUUGUUUGGUGGAUGUGGUACCUGAAGCAGUGAAGCACCUGAGGACUCCUGAGUUUAAGCCUUAUGUUAUCUUUGUGAAGCCUCUCAUUCCAGAAAAGAAAAAGCAUGCCCUAAAAUCUCCUGUGUCAGAAGAACUCUCAACCCCCCUUGAUGAAGAACAGCAGGAAAUUAUUAACUCAGCAGCAUUCAUUGAAGAGCAGUAUGGCCAUUUAAUUGACACUGUACUGGUGAAAGAAGAUCUCCAGAGUGCAUGUAAUCAGCUGAAAACCGUGCUAGAGAAGCUAAACAAGGAUUCAUUUUGGGUGCCGAUCAACUGGGUUAGGUCAUAGCCAGUAAUCAUCUGCUUAAAGGAAAGAUUGUAUAAAAAUGUCUUGUGAGUAUAUGGAUUACAAAAGGGAAACAUGUCAGUUUCACUUCAAAGCUGCCAUUCUAACUAGAAAAUAACAUAAAAAACGUAUUAGAAAAACUAAACAAAGCAAGUCAGAAGCAGACACUGCCUUCCUGAAUCAGAGUUUUUAGUGGUAGCUGUCAUUCAAAACAGCUGAACUGAAUGCUCAGUCUAAACAGAUUAGUAAAAGAUUGGAGUGACUUUUACACUGUAAAUGCUGCAUUUUGUAAGGUAAAAUUUCACAGAUGGUCCCACACUUUCAAAGCAUUUAAGCAGUGCCUGGACAGUAAAAAGCAGGAAUUCUCAGCCUUUGGGCAGAUAUUGCGUGGCUAGAGUUAAGGCAUCCCAAACUAGGUACUUUUCGGGGACUGAUCUGCCUACAGAACAAGCUCCUUUAAGGCAGGCAUAUCCUCUGGAGAGUGCUUACACCAUCUCAGCUGCUUAGAAAUUCAGCUGUCUGACAGGCCAGAAAGACAUGUUUCCCUUCACUCAGAAUCAUUAGUUGCGAAUCCUUUCCAGUUAGGCACCAGACUAGGUCAGCUAUGUAAGUUGUAUAUAUUUUAGCAGCUGAAAGAGGGUGUGUGUUGUGUUGGGUUGUUUUUUUGUUUGUUUGUUUUGUUUUUUUCCCCAAUGCCUAUCCCACAUUUCCCAGUGCUUCUUUCUGGCCAUCUUACAUAGGUAGUCUGCUCGUCCAUAGCUUAUGCCUGCUUUCCCAGUCUCUUCCAGCUGACACAGGCCAAACAUUAAACCACCUGUGAACACACCUGUGUGACUAUCCAUCCCGUAAUAAACUGGAGACAUUCUUUUAUCUACAUGAAAAUUACUCUAUAUGAUGUGAGAUAGGACUUCAAGAAGCUACUUAUCCCCAAGGCACCUUUGGAAAUGCCACCUGAUGGGAUACUACAUGGACACCAACACAGCUGCUCUGAAGAAGGCACUAAAAUGAGGAGUUUGAAGUACUAUGCAUCUGAGCUACAGCAUCGAAUCGUCAUCCUUCCAGCCGUUACGGGUGCCUUUGCUUCAACUCUAGUGAAGGGUUCCAGAGUGAGUAGUAGGCCACAUCAAGUCCUGAAGUGGAAAUCUUAACGGUUACAGGAUUUUGCAGAUAUUUCUGGAGACUUGAAUAUACAGGAUUUUUAGAAUAGAAAACUAUUUUGGAAAAGCAUGAAGGAGAAAAUCCAUACACAAGGCUAUUCGUUAACAUGGACUGUAUGCUCUUCUACCUCCUGCCUGAAAAUGUGCCCUGGGUUAUCAUAUCGAUAGCUACAUAUUAUUGAUACAUAAUAUUUUAAUUAUCAGGUGUCAUGACUUUUUAUAACAAUUAAAGAUUAACUGCCUGUUUUGUUUUUUUUUUUUUCCAUUGAAGCCAGCUUAGUUUUUGAUUAGAAUGGGCUAUGAAGUAUAUAAGUUCAAAUAAUGCCCAUCUUCAGCUGCCUUUUAAAACAAGGUAUACAAGAUAGAUCACAUUUUAGGUAUUA